GUUUUUUAGUUUACCAAAUUGGUUCGUGUCGUGUAGGUUGUGCGUGCAGUAGGUGCGCUGCCGGAAAAUGCUGUAAAUACCAGCAGCAAAAGUGUUUCCUUCCUUAGCGCAAUCGGUACGUGUACCUUGUUAAGCAAGCUGCUUCAUUCGUACGUGAAGAGUGCAAUCACAGAUGCAGCAGUGCCAACACAAAACAGCUCUUUCUCACAAAAAAACAGGUCACGGCGAUCAGGUGCCGAAGAAGUGUCUCCGAUGGCUUGCGUGCGUGUGUGUGUGUGUAUGGUGACGUUGGUGACUUCAAAACGGGCAACCCAGAAGCUGAUGACGUUGUGUGUUUAUUUACUCGAGCGCGAGUGCGGUGCGGUUGUCUAUGACAACGGGAAACAACAACGGUCGGUGUGUGCAGUCGACGUUGCACGACGACGUGUUCUGGCCUCCUUUCGUGAUGGUGGCGAAAGUGGGGGGCCAAGAAAAAGCAAAUCUUUCCUCCCCCCUGCCUGUUGAUUAGGGGUUGUCCGGGAAGCAUUCUUACCCUCUUCCGGGAACCCGUGUUCACCGUUUGUUGACAGAUUGGGCAAUGUGUGUGUGAGUGUGUGAGCUGGUCUUGUUGGAGGAAUGUAGGGUAGAAGGAGCAUGCAGGAGGAGUCAGGUUGCGCCGCCGUUCCAAUGCAAUGCGUAAGCAACGCGUGUACAUGCUGUUAUUUCAUGCCUGCAUGGCUUGCUGCAUGCGGUGCUGCCGGGUGCUGCCGAGGCAUGGUACGGUCCCAAUCGAACCGAUAUCGUUUUGCCAACACUUCAGUUCUCGUCCCCCUCAAAUGAGCUGGGAUCGUGCGGCCAAUCUAGAAUCCUCUGGCACAAAAGGUGCAAAACCAGUAAUCACGUUUGUGUGUGUGUAUAUGUGAAAGUAGCUUAAGCAUAUUCUCUCCACAAUUUAGAAGACUCGAUCACACACCUCAUUCCGCUGAAGUGCGUUGAACUCUGCUCUUCACAUAAUUUCAUCUUGGGCGCCAUACAUGUUGCCAAGCAUCAUAAACCGUUCCACGUUCUAAGAUGGCCUUGAUCGUGCUGCUGCUGGAACGAUUAGCACCCGGCCAGAGUCAUGCGUUUGACUUGAGUCAUUCGGUUGGACCAAUUUUCAAUCAUCUUGCUUUUUUUCCCUCUUCGAAUGAAUCCCUCCGUGCGUUUUGAACGCGAUAAAACCGACGGGAAAAAGUAUGAAUGAAAAGUAAAGCGAAGAAAAAAAAGCAAUGCUCCCGUGUCAGUGGCUGGCCGGUUUCGUUUUGGGGGGACUUGAGAUGCUUACAGUGAAGAUUUCACGAACACACACACAGGCGUACGCGGUCUUUCUCGCUGGAAGGAAUGCACGAAGAAGUGGAAAAGUGGUUCAAGAGUAAACGUUGAUUGGUGCCGUUGAUGAUGAUAAUGAUGAUGAUGAUCACGUCUGACCAAAUGAUGAGAAGUGCUGCCGGUGCUGGGCUGGCCUGGAAAAUCGAAAACGUAAAAUUACCCAUGAAAUGGGCACCACCCUCUCCUCUUGGUGUGUCCGAGUGUUGUGUCCUCCCGCACACCCGCAUUUUAGCACCAUCGUUCGCUUCUUCUGCAAUGUGGGAUAUGGAAGCAAUAGAAGACGAAUUUCGGGCGUUGGAGUUUUCCUCUUCCCAUCUGGAAGCGUCGGAUCUUGCUGUUUGCUUUUUUUUUUGUUUCUCGUGCCUGGUUGUUCCGGUUCGGCAUUUGUGACCGAUGUGUAUGCGUUUUCCAUGUGUUUCGGGUGUGAGGUUUUGUUUUUUUUUCAUCUCCUUCAAUCGUGUUGUGAAAAGACGUGAACUACUAGACGUUACUAUGCUACGAACGGAAAGUGUCGAACCGUGGAGAAAAGAUCUUCAAGGUGGAGAAAAGGGCGACUUUCGUGCAACAAGAGCGACGGAAAAAUCGAUGCCAAAUUGACGAAGUGCGAUCGUCGGAGGCAAGGUGUAGUGGGGCGGAAAAGUCGACUUUUGGCGCACGCUUCUCAGUAGGACAGAUGCGGAGAUCGAGGCUGUGCGAAGCGAAAUGCCACAAACACGUCACAAUACAGAUCGAACAGCGAGAACACACUAACGAUCGAUAAAAACCAUCGACCGUGGCUGAGUAAAACAGGGAAAAUCAUCAACCAUACACAUACCCACAAACCGUUGACGAUGGUCAUGUGUAUGCAAACAAAAUGAAAAUGUUCACACAGCAUGAUUUUACUCAUCUCCAGGGAAGAGAGAGAGAGAGAGACAGAGAUGGUGGUGAGCGGCUGUGAUGGAAGUGUGGUCAUAUGAUUAUCAUUAAAACAAAAGUUACACGGACUUUGGCUGGAAAUUAAAACCACUUUCAUCAUCUGCAUCAUCAUUAUUACCAGCAUCAUCGUGGACGAUAAUCGUCAUUCCGCACCCGCUUUGCCUCGACAACCCCCCCCAUUGUCAGCACCAUCGUCAUCGUCGCCGAAUAUUAAGCACAUGCUACGUUGUUACGUGGGCCAACGUUGAAUGUAGGCGUUACGGAAAUCCUCCGUUGCUAAUUAUUCAUCGGAAAGGCAUUAAAAUUCAUUCGGUAGCCACAUGGUGCGGUUCUGUGGCUAAUGUGAUGCCACAUCACCGGUACACCUGCACCUUCUUCCCCGAAGGUGACUUGACAACAAAAACACAAAUUCCUCCUUCCCCAUUUGACAAAGUCCGAUUCGAUCGGGUAGGACUUUGGUCAGUAGCACUAUUAUCUGGGUUAAAGGAAUUUUCGGCUGACGGCAUGCCAGUUGGAAAAAAAAAACAACUGCUCACCCACUUUAGUAUCUUGUAUCUUCAUUCAAAUGCUCCUUUGUUAGGACAACAUGGUGUUUGGGAAGUGUAGAGGAAGUUAGUGUAGGGCAAAAUAAAGUUUGAUAAACAAUCUAAAUUAGAUAACUGAGAAUCAGCAGAGUUAGGUUUCAAUCGUUUUCAAUAUUGAACCUAUUGUUGAAGGGUUUAAAGAUGAGUACAAAAUGAAAUCGAUUAUAAUUGACUAUAAAUCCCCAAUAAAUCAUAUGGUGCAGGAAAUGUUACUCAUCACUUGCAUGUAGCCUUAAACGGACGAAAAUAUUUAAUUAAUUUACAAUGUUCGAUAUAGUGUACAUGUAUUGUUUCGCAUUAUCAGGCUUGUGUAGUUGAUUACUAUUUUGAAAACUUGUCUAGCUGGUUGCAAAAUUCCCUAGAUGUGUUGAUCACAAGGUUGCUACAGUUUUUGCAAGUGCACUCACGCGCUCACCGGAAGUGGCUGUUGGCGUUUGCUGUCGGCGGGUGGGGGGAGCGAACCAAAAGCUUGCUGCAUGUAAUGUAGAUCGUUUGCGUGCGCACGGUUUCGGUGAAAGUGCACUCGUUUGCGAACGUACAGUUUUGAAGUGUUUUGUUGUCUUGUGAUAAAUAUUUAACCGUUUGCUUGUAAACUUAAAUUGGCUUCCGGUGGAGUAGUUUCCGGCUUAUCGCUAUAUUUUUGUACGAUGGUAGGCAACGAACAGCAGCACACACAACAUUCCAUAGCCACACAUAGCCUUUUCGAUAUGAAUGGACUGUGUGUAUAUGUUACCUUGCGCUAUGUGGUCUACGAUUGCAUAUUGUUUGGUUAAUGGUAGUAGGGAUCGAUAAAACUGGACGUCAUAACGAAAAAUGUAUUUUGAACUGUGCAGACCAACAGCAAAUAGUGUAAGGAUGGUAAUGGAUACAGAGAAACAUUAGGAGCGUCCCAUUGUACCAGCGACUAAAACAAAACGUAUACAUUACAUCAAAAGAGAUUAAUUUCAUUUUUUUCAUUGUAGAAAUAGCAUGUCAACAUUUUAAAGAUACACAACUAUUCAAAAAGCAUAAAAUGUGAGUCGCGACUGUUUUUUUUUGUUCAAUCCAGUGCAGUGUGUUUGUUUUGUACGUAAAUCGUGUGUAUAUUAGUUUCGCUGUGCCUAUAUGAAGUAUGAAAUGUGUAACUAUGUUACUAGUUGAAGUGCAAUAAUCGUAAGCAGUAUUGAUGUGCCGUAGCAGAAUCACAGAGAAGAGAUUGAUGCACUCUUCUGCCACGGUUUGCGCAGGCUGUGUGUGUGUUUGUGUUGCGUUUAGCUGCAUGUGUGGUCACACAUUGUGGCGUGUUGCAGUUUAUGAUCUUUUAUGUUGAAGUAUAUUUAGUGCUGCACGUGUGCGCGUGGUGAAUCUGCGUGAAGGUAGUUUCCACUUCAUCACUGCUCCUCCGCCCGGCUCCUGCACUGGUGGAACAGUGGAUAGGCACUGAGAGUCCCGUAAAUUUGAAAGAAAUGUCCGUUGUCAGCUUAAACAGAAUGUUCCGGGGGAAGAUUCGCACCAACACCUGCCGUAUCGUAGUGCUCACCUCACUCGUGUGGCUGCUGAUCGAUGUGAUACUGAUAGUGAAAUAUGCCGACUGUCCCAGUACCGGUGGCGGAUCAAGCUGGCUCUGCAAACGGAACGGCGACGGCUAUGAUGUUGAGGUGCCAAAUGCAGCUCGCCAGUCGCAGCAACAACGCCGGGCGGCUGCCCCCGAGGACGACGAUCCCAUCGUGGACGCGGAGGAGAUUGACACCAACUCGAACAACUUCGGCGACCCGGGCGGCUACGGCGGCGGCGGUGGGGGUCGUGAUGCCGACAGUUCAAUGCCUCGCACGUACCGGCCGCAGGAGCUGAAGAAGUGGCGGCAGGCACCAACGGUCGCCGAAAACUAUGGUCGUCCCGGUGAAAUGGGUAAACCAGUAAAAAUUCCAGCGAACCAGCAGGAGCUGAUGAAGGAAAAGUUCAAAGAAAAUCAAUUCAAUCUCCUCGCCAGUGACAUGAUCUGGCUGAAUCGAUCGCUCACCGAUGUGCGCCAUCACGACUGCAAAAAGAAACACUACCCGGCGAAGCUGCCAACGACCUCCAUCGUGAUCGUGUUCCACAACGAAGCCUGGAGCACGCUGCUCCGCACGAUAUGGAGUGUGAUAAAUCGGUCGCCCCGGCCACUGCUGAAGGAAAUCAUCCUCGUCGAUGAUGCGAGCGAGCGGGAACAUUUGGGCCGCCAGCUGGAGGAGUACGUCCGCACGCUGCCGGUACCGACGUUCGUCCUCCGGACCGGCAAACGGUCCGGGCUGAUCCGUGCCAGACUGCUCGGUGCCAAACACGUCAAGGGGCAAGUGAUCACAUUCCUGGACGCGCACUGCGAAUGUACCGAGGGCUGGCUGGAGCCACUGUUGGCGCGCAUCGUGCUGGACCGCAAGACGGUCGUCUGUCCCAUCAUCGACGUGAUAUCGGACGAAACGUUCGAGUACGUGACGGCGUCCGACCAGACGUGGGGAGGCUUUAACUGGAAGCUAAACUUCCGCUGGUACCGUGUGCCGGCGCGGGAAAUGCAGCGACGCAAUCACGACCGCACGGCACCGCUGCGGACGCCCACGAUGGCCGGUGGACUGUUUUCGAUCGAUCGGGACUACUUCUACGAAAUCGGCUCGUACGACGAGGGCAUGGACAUUUGGGGUGGCGAAAAUCUGGAAAUGUCAUUCCGGAUAUGGCAAUGUGGUGGCAUCCUCGAGAUUUCGCCCUGCUCGCACGUCGGCCACGUGUUCCGAGAUAAGUCACCGUACACGUUCCCGGGCGGUGUGGCAAAUAUCGUGCUGAAAAAUGCGGCCCGCGUCGCCGAAGUGUGGCUGGACGAGUGGAAAGAGUUUUACUAUCAAAUGAGUCCAGGUGCCCGGAAAGCAUCCGCUGGUGAUGUCAGUGAGCGACGGGCGCUUCGAGAGCGUCUGAAGUGCAAGAGCUUCCGAUGGUAUCUGGAAAACAUCUACCCCGAAAGUCAGAUGCCACUGGAUUACUACUUCCUCGGCGAGAUUCGCAACGUGAAAACGCACAACUGUCUCGACACGAUGGGCCGCAAGUCGAACGAAAAGAUUGGCAGCAGCUACUGUCACGGGCUGGGCGGCAACCAGGUGUUUGCGUACACGAAGCGUCACCAGAUCAUGUCGGACGACAACUGUCUCGAUGCGUCGAACGCGCUCGGACCGGUCAAUCUGGUCCGGUGCCACGGGAUGGGCGGCAAUCAGGAGUGGAUCUACGAUGAUGAGGAAAAAACGAUCAAGCACGUUAACAGUGGCAACUGUUUGACGCGCGCAUCGGAGGACGACCCAUCGACACCGCUGCUGCGGCCGUGCAACUACUCCGAAGGCCAGCAGUGGCUGAUGCAGUCCAAGUUCAAGUGGCAAGCGCACCACGGCGACAACCGUAUCGGUGAGGACAGAUAAGACGCACUGUACCGUGUUCGAUCCGGUGUCGUACAGCGCCCGUCCGGCCAGCGGCAAACCGGCACCAUCGAACGCUACGGAAGCAACAUCGGUAGCAGUGGCAGUAGCGAUAGCAGCAGUAGUAGCAGCAGCAGCAGCAGCCGAAGCCGUAACAGCAGCAGUAAUCACAACUAUCAAGCAACUAUCAAGCGUGCACACACGGGUGGUGGUGUCGGUAUGAUGCCGACAAACCGUUGAAUGCAUCGAUCAAUCCACUGUGCAGCAGUGUAGGUGAUGUAAAAUUUGUACGGGAAGUAAUAAGACGAACUCUCGAACUCGUCCUGCCAUUUGUAUUCCCCCUGGUGUUCCUGGUGCCGUGACACGGGUAACUAGUGUGAAGCGCGGAGAGAGGGAAUGUAUCAUUAUGACAGGACGCUAGACUCCCUCUCCCAGCUUCUAUCCCUGCCAAUCUGUCUGUCUGUCAGCGGGCGCUAUCAAACGGCCCAACGAAAGUGGGGGCAGCCGUUACAGCGCGUCCGUCUCCUGUGAGAAUUCCAUUUUUGUAGUAUAAUUUUUAUUCGCACACUGCACCGGUUGCGUCCAGUCUGACGGUGUACGUUAAGCACAUAGGUUUUAAUGGUCCAAUUGUUAUUGUUUGUCGCACACUUGUAAUUGUUCGUUUAACGUUGUUUCUUCCAUUGGAUCCUUCCGUUCGGGGCAGCAUUAAGCUUAGAUUGCUUUGAAGCUGCUGUAACUACCUGACUGUCGUUUCGGGAUUUUGUUUUCUUCUAUAAGUACCAACAAACUCCAGCCACUGAUUCAACUCCCGGAAGUCGAAGAAAAUUAACACACACAGACAAACAAAAAAUACAUAUCAGUUUGUAGUGAAGCACGCACCAGCCCACUCUAAAUCCUUUUUUUGCAAUGCUUAGGCUAAUUGUUUUAUCAGUUACCUUGUUUUAUGUUUUAUUCCAUGUGUUAUUAAGGAAGGGUGCGAUGGAUAGACCCUCCCGGGAAGAAGAGAAAACAAAAACUUUAACAAACAAAAACAAAAAACCGCAAUGUUGGACCAUUUGCAUUUAUAGAAAGCACUCGCAUAGAGCGAGUGAAUGUGUCGGAUGAUGGGGGAAGAAAAAAAGUGGCAACAGGCAAGGAAUUGAUGUCGAACUAAGCGGACGAAUAAUCGCUUCAUAACGGUCGACCACGUGCAGCGUAAGUGCAUGAUGCUGAGCCCCGUGGCACACCACAUCCGUCUUGUACAUACAAUAUAUCAACCAGAAAGGGAAGCAAAUAGGGUAGACACACACACACCACAGAGUAAAUGGGUGCAGAUGCAGGAUAAAGGAUAAACAAAAACGAUCACCACCUAUCAGUGGGAAAUGAUAUCAUUUAUUUGUAGUAGAUGGCGCGAUCCCUUUAAAAUAAUCACGUAACACGAGAGUGUGCAAGAAUGUGAAAUGUUUCUUGUGGUAUUGGAG